AUGGCCUUCUUGUCCUUGUUGUUUUUAUUCUUCCUCCGACCUCGAUCCCUGGUGAUGUACGACCCUACACCAUUAUCGCUCUUCGGCACGUUCGCCAACGUUGACAAGGACGACGCUCAGCCAUCCUGUAUAGACCCUCGCGAACUAAUUCUUCGGCGGUACCCUCCUACGGCUGAGGCGCAGACAGGCACCAUCGAUUCGACCGCAUAUCAAUCGCCUGUGGACCCUUCGUCCGAGCCUGAUCUCGCAGACGGCAUGCUCACUGACGACGAUGAGGAAUUAUAUGAAGACCAAUCGGAGUCGUCACCGAUGUCGGUCGAGAUGGACCUGCCUUCCGAUGACAUGAACUUGCGCAUUGGUUUCGAGCUUGAGGGUUGUCCGCCAGGAACCGGUAUACGUCUCUCGAGACACGAGGACUUCUGGGAGGCGACUGCUCCACAUGUCGUCAACGGGCACAAAGCUGUACGGGACUAUGCUCCAGACUUCUUUCGAUAUAUAGGUACCGUGGUCGUGAACAUUCGCUGGCCGCAACGUCCCCACAGUCCUAUACAACUAGGGGAGUUCUGGGUGCAUAACAAAGGAAGGUCGCAAACUAUCGCCGACCUUCUUGACUGGGUCAUGGGGUUGACUCUCCAUUUCAUCGAGCUUUAUCUACUGUAUGAUGCAGCUUUGCAUGUUCGUGCACCCAGUCUUCUCACCGCUGAUAUUGGGUCUACUGUGGCGAACGAGGGCCACGCUUCGACGUUGCCCAUGGCUCAAGAUGACCGGACUCUGCCCGUGGAACUUCGCAACCUUAUCAUCAAAGGGCCCUCAAGCUUGAGACUCGCUUCAAUCAGUCCGUUCAAACAGGGACUGAAAGGACCCCUCCCGGGACUAUCUUCGCUGCCAUAUCUCACAAGCCCUAGGAUGGAAACUGUUUUGCAGAUAAACAAGGAUACUUAUCCGUGGUAUAAGAAGAAUUCAACGUCACUCAGUGCCGAGCCAGGCGACGGUCUCUCACACCCGGCUGGUCAGCGAAUCCCAUUGUACCGAACCGACCUUCGUACUCAUGGUGCAUGCCUCGCGGAUCUCCUACACGAGAGCUACUGGGAGGAAAUUGCACCCGUCCUCUUUGGCGGCAAUGACCUGGCCGAGAUGCACGGCCGUACCAGAAGCUACGCAUCAAUCGUUUUCACCGUCUCGGAAUGUGAAAAGGAAACACCGGACCCUAAUGCUCCUGACUACUACAGAUUCGGUGAGGACCAUCUGACCCUAGACGAUUUGUGGAUCGUUCAGAUCUAUCAGAUGUCUGGGAAUUACUUCCGAGCUGAGGUUCAGGAAAGUCUUCUCAGCUUCGGCGUUUACAACCUGCUAUAUUUAGUCAAUUGUCGCAACAUCCGCACCAUCACACACAGGAGCGAUUAUUACGAAAGCACCAUGAUUGGUUUCCUCGAGAAUGCGAAUACCGUCUGA